GACGACAGCAGUCAACAGAUCGGUGUCUGACAGAUGUUCGUGCGGGACGAGGAGGAGGAGGAGGAGGGUUCAGUGCGGGAGGAAGAAGCGGAGCUGCGCGGGUUCGUGUCCGGGUAAACACCGCGGAGCUGAGCCCGCACGUCCCGGGACCAUGUCCGGGGAAAAGACCUCGAGUCCCUGCAACAAGUUCCAGGCGAAUGUGUUCAACAAGAGCAAGUGUCAGAACUGCUUCAAGUCCCGCGAGCUGCAUCUGCUGCGCGACCGCGACCAGGAGCAGGCGAAGCCCGUCUACGGAGGCUGGCUGUGUUUGGCCCCCGAGGGGACGGACUUCGACAACCCGAUGCAGCGCUCGAGGAAAUGGCAGCGUCGCUUCUUCAUCCUGUACGAGCGCGGCAGCCUGAGCUUCGCCCUCGACGAGCUGCCGAGCACGUUGCCGCAGGGGACGGUGAACUUGAACCUGUGCACGGACAUCGGCGACGCCGAGCCCCGGACGGGCCAGAGGAACGCGCUCUGCAUCGCCACGUCGCAGCAGGAGAUAUUCAUCCGGGGCGACAACAAAGAGAUCAUCAAUGGGUGGAGCGAACAGCUCGCGGCGUAUCUGCGCACGAACAAGCAGGUUCAGAAGAAGAAACGCAAAGUGGAGCCCGUCGCCACGGCGCAGGAGCCCAGUCCAGCAAAGAUGGCGGCGACCGAUCCGGCCGAGUCCGGCCGUGGUCGGUGGCAGGAGGAGGAGCAGCGGGGCGGCGGACGUGACGUGACGGAGCAGAGCCCCGCAGGCAACUCUUCGGCCCCGGACGGCGCAGACGGUUUCGGGAAGCCGCCUUUGGACGCGGCGCCGUCACGCGACAUCCACCAACCAGCCAACGACGAGAACGAGAACCAGGACGGAAGCCGCCGCAGCGCAGCAGAGAGGAUUCUGGGAUCGGAGCAGGGGCCCGUUUCCAUCAGAGGCAGGACGGAGGCUCGCAGCAGCAGGCGAGAGAAGCUGCAGUCGUGUAGCGACUCGGCCCAGCUCGGUGCUCCCGCUCCUCAGAGACGAGCCCGAUCCCUUGACCGCCGGACGUCAGACACCGUCAUGACGCCGGACUUAUUAAACUUUAAGAAAGGCUGGAUGAUGAAAUUGGAUGAAAGUGACCAGUGGAAGAAAUACUGGUUCGUGCUGUCGACCGACAGGCUGAGGUUCUACAAGGACUCGAUGACUGAGGAGGCUUCCGAUCUGGAAGGAGAACUGGACCUGACGAGAUGUUACAACGUGUCGGAGUUCCUGGUGCAGAGGAACUACGGCUUUCAGAUCCACACGCCGAAGUCCGUCUACACGCUGUCGGCCAUGACGGCUGGGAUACGAAAGAACUGGAUCCAGUCACUGAUGAAAAACGUUCAUCCAGCUCACGCUCCGGACGUGACAAGCUUAUCACGCGGCCCCCUCGAACUCCUCCCCAGACCGGACGUGACCCAGGACUCGCACUCCACUCACGUCCCCGCGGAGAGAGACCCUCACCCCAAACCCAGGAGCGUGACGGAGAAGCGUCGGGAGGGUCGUUACAGGACCUUCGACUGGGCCGAGUUCAGACCUCAGAGCGGGCCGGCGCCGCCGCCGCCGCCGGAGGCCGCCGGUCCGAGGGCCGGACCUCCGUGCCCGCUGGAGCUGGGCGACCUGGACAGAAGGCGGCGGCGGGAGGAGAGGAGGCGGCGGUACGAGGACACGCUGGGCUUCUCUCUGAGCUGGCGAGAGACCGGAGCGGAGACGGAGGACGGCAGCGGCGGAGCGCUGAGUCCCAGAUCCCAGCGGCGAGUGGAGGAGGAGAUAGAGGAGAUGUGGAGGCAGGUGGAGACGACGGUGUUCAGGCCGGAUGGGACCGUCCCACUGUUCACCGCAGACAAGGACACUGAGGAGGUGGAGAAGCUGCUGGACGGCUACAGGGACGGGGCUGAGGAUCUGAAGCUGCGGCUGGCGGAGUCGGAGCGUCGCCGACGGGAGCUGGAAGCUCAGCUGAGUGCAGCCGGACGUCUUCAUCAUCAUCAUCAUCGACAGGUCACGUCGCCGGAACCCGCUCCGGGUUCGGAAGCACAUCUGCGCCCGUCGGACACAAACCACGAGCCGUCAGACGGCCGAGCGCUGAGUCUGACGGAGGUUCACGAAGAGACCAGGGAGCCGUCGCAGCAGCGGGACGUUAUUCAGGAUGAACCACCUUCGUCUACAGCGCAGCCGGCGCCCAGCAUCUGGCUGCACGACACUGAGGGUAAUUUACAAGAGGUCGGACAUUUCCUUUCUGACGGCGUCGCCACACCGUUACUUUCGGCGGACGGCCGACGCGUACCGUCUCAGAGCGACGGAGACAUCGGUGGACUAAACUACGAUGGCAGCCUCCAGAGGCAGCUGGACGGGGAAGACGGUCGGCUGUUCCCCAGCUCACAAACACAAACAGACGAAUACAGCGCCGCUCCAUUGAUUGUGGAGAAGCCCGACGACCAGGCGAUGGUGCGGAGGCUCUCCCAGGAGGUGGAGCUGCUCACCGGCCAGAACGAGGCCCUCAACCAACGCAACCAGGAGAUGCUGAACCAACUGACGGAGGCCGACCGCGAGAUCGAGAGGCUGAAGGCAGAGCUGAGCAGCAGGUACACCGACGCCCACCACCUCCCGGAGGUGGAGCAGCAGGGGAGCGUGGGGCCAGAAGAAGAAGAUCUGGAGAAGGAGCUGAGCGCGAGGACCCAGGAGCUCGCCGAGGCCCAGGCGCUGAUCGCGUCGCUGAAGGAGAAUCUGAGGGAGACGGAGGAGCUGCGGCGGGACGUCCCGGCGGAAAAGGAGGCAACGGGCGAGGAGAAGAGCGACCAGAGGGCAGAGGCAUAUCUGCUGCGCUGCUUCGAGGCCACCGAGGCCAAGCUAACACAGCUGGAGAGGCAGCUCGACCAAUCGGAGAGCAACCGCAGGGAGCUGCAGGCGCAGAACGCCGAGCUGAGGGAGGCCGAGGAACGUUACCGGCAGAGAGCUGCGGAGGCGGAGGCUGACAUCUUGAGACUGAGCGGGGAGUCGGAGGAGGAGGAGGAGGCGUUCCACGAGGACAAGAGGCGUGUCUCUGGUGAAGAAAGGAUUGGGCAGGUGAUCGAGGGGAUGGUCGUGCGGUUGGAAGCUCUGGGGGCGUUUUUGGAGGCAAUCGACAGGUUGGACUUUGGGAAGCGAAGCGAGUGCGAGGAGGAGACGACGCCUGACGUGGUGCGGCAGCUGAAGUGGGAGGAAGAGUUCUGGAGGUUUCUUCUGGGCGAACUGCGAGCCGGCGCGUCCCAAUCGGACGAGGAGAAAUCCGUGGCGGUGCUGCUCGGAGACGUGACGGAGCACAUGAUCGUGGAGAGAGAGAUGCUGCUGCUAGGCCUCGCUCUACUUUCUGAGACAGAUGAAGGCGAAGGGAGCGAAGGUUUGACGGCUCCGGAUGCUAUUUGGAAUUCUGCAAGUGUGACGGCGACAGGGACCCUGAGGGCGGAUGCAGGCGAGAGGUUUGAACGGGUCAUCGCGACCACGCAGAUGAAAACGUCUUUGCUGAACCGCGUCGCCUCCUCGGUCGGCAACUCUGCCUCGGAAAAACUCCGGCUGAUGGCAAACAGGCUCAACGACUGUCCCGCGUCGGAGCAUCCUUGGUUCGGUGUCAUUCACUCCGCGGCCACCGAGGCGCUGUACUGCUGCCGCCUGAGCCGGCUCCGGUCCGAAUGCGAGAAGGAGCUGGAAGAAACCAAAGAGAAACUUCUCGACUGUGUCCAACUGUCGGAGGAAAACAAGGAGCUGAAAGCGAGACUGUCGAACCUGGAAGAGCGCCGAGCGUCCGCACGGGGAGAGAAGAGGAGCGCGGGUUGUCAGACGGAGGCGGUUCUACCACGGGACACAGAGGAAGGUGAAUCGCCGGAGGUGGAGACGGUCGAGGACCCGCUCCCGCGAGUCGAGGAGGUGUCGCAGGAAAACGUCGAGGAAGGUGACGAAUCGCACCAGGAAGUGUCAGCGCUGAGAAGACGAGUGAAGGAGGCGGAGCAGCUGCUGUCCGUCGCCGUGGAGGAGAUGACGGAGGAGCAUGACGGGAAAAUGAGCCGUGUUCAGAUGCAGCAUGAGAUGGAGAUGGAGAAGCUGAAGGCCACAUGUCAACGAGGCUUCGUCUCCGUGGACGAGUCUCACCUGAAGGUGGUGGAGGAGCUACAGCGCCAGCACCGACAGGAGGUGGAGCGCCUCCUGGUGGAGAGAGACCAGCUGCUGGAGGAGGAGAGCGCUGCUACGGCAACAGCAAUCGAAGCCAUAACGAACGCCCACCGCCUGGAGCUGCAGCGGGAGGAGCAGCGGAGGAGAUGUCAGUCAGAAGAAUACAGCAACGGAAACACCGUCCUGGACGACGUGCACCGCGAGGAGAUGGAAUCCUUCCAGCGGGAGCUCGAGGUUCUGUCGCAGCAGUUUUGUCUGAAGUGUCUGGAGAACGGACAUCUGCUCCAGGCCCUGGAUGCGGAGAGGAAGGCGUUGGGCCAGUGUCAGCAGGAAAACCAGGAGCUGAGGACCAGGAACCAGGAGCUGAGCGUUCACCUGGCGGCGGAGAUCACCAGACUGUGUUCGCUGGCCAAACAGAGCGAGCUGCCGCUCGGUCGGCAGAUGGACGUCUACGAGAUGGAGAUCACCCUGCGAGUGAAGGAGUCCGAGGUUCAGUGUCUGAAGCAGGAGAUCACGUCUCUGAAGGACGAACUCCAGGCGGCGCAGAGGGACAAGAGGAACGCGACGAAGAUGUACAAGGACGUCUACACGGAGCUGAGCAUCGUCAGAGCCAAAACCAGCAGAGACGUGGACGAGCUGAGAGAAAACCUGAGGCUGGCUCAUCGGGCGCUGGACCAGAUGUCACCGUGACCUCGCGGCUGUGACAUCACAUUUGUCUUCACUGUAACAUUUAACUACUUUACCCUCAGUAUCUCUAAAGAACAAAAAAAAAAUAUAUGUAUUUAAUAAAACCAGGAAGUCUUAGUCGUCCACCUCACUUCACACGGUUUUGAUCUCGUUGAGAUUAAGAUGUACACUUUGUCUCUAACUCGUUUUUACUUACUUGCUUUUUUAUUUUGAACCCUGAGUUUGUGAUUUAGUUCAGUUCCUCCUGUGAGGAUUGUGUCAAACUUAUAUUUAGAUCUUUGUUUUUUUUGCUUUGUCUUUAAACAUUUUGACCAAAUAUCACUUUAAAAACACAUGGUUACUUUGUGUGUUGUAUAUAUAUAGUAUUUUAUUUGUACAGCCAUAUAAUUUGCACUGUUGCAUGUUUAGAAGAUGUUUUCCGGCCUCUCGUCACCGCUGUAUGUCUGUCAAACUGUACCAGCUGGUAAAUCUGUCACACUCAAACUAUCAUUUAUAUGCAUACACUUCAUGUGUUAUGAAUAUAAAUAGAUUUUUUUAUUUUUUAUUUUGUAAAAUGAAAUUGGCAGAUUUAACCCAAACAGUGCGUCUGUCACUUUGUGUCGUUGUCUGACAUUGUGCCACAGGUCCGGCAGGAAGACGGCCGUCGAGGUGUCCUAAUAUGACCAAUAAAGGUUAUUGGUCAUAUUAGAAAAUAAAAUAUAAAAAGGCCUCGCUGACAUGAACGCAAACGUGGGAGUUGGUAGAUUAUUCUAGCAGAGUUUGAUUCCACGAUGUCUGUGAACAAGUGUUUUGCCGCUUUUGUGGGAGAAUUAAAAAAAAUAUUAGGUACUUUAAA